UCCAAAACCAUCGACAGCUUCAGACAUACUCCAACAACAAUAAUCGAGAAGGAAAAAUUAAAAAAAGAAUCCAUUAGCCGAGACACCGUUGUUCCUAAGCCGGAGCUUCGUCUUAACCCUCCAAACGUUGUUGUUAGCCGGAGGAGUAGAAAACAAGAUGAAACGGAAAGGAGUCGGGUUCUCUCUCCCCGUCGCGGUGGUGAUGAUGGUGAUCGGUUUCGUCUAUUUCUCAACGGUUUUCACUUUCAUCGAUCGGUGGUUCAGCCUCACUUCCUCUCCCGGAAUCGCUAACGCCGCCGCGUUCACCGCCUUGGCUCUGAUGUGUGUGUACAGCUACUCCAUCGCGGUUUUCAGGGAUCCGGGUCGGGUUCCACCCAGUUACAUGCCAGAUGUUGAAGAUCAGGAGAGUCCGGUUCACGAGAUUAAGCGAAAGGGAGGAGAUUUGAGAUAUUGCCAAAAGUGUUCACAUUUCAAACCUCCGCGAGCUCACCAUUGCCGAGUUUGCAAAAGAUGUGUGCUUAGAAUGGACCACCAUUGUAUUUGGAUCAACAACUGCGUAGGACACACUAACUACAAGGUCUUCUUCGUAUUUGUUGUCUAUGCGGUGACUGCAUGCGUAUACUCUCUAGUUUUGCUUGUGGGAAGCCUUACUGUUGAAUCUCAAGAUGAAGACGAAGAAAUGGGAAGCUAUCUAAGAACUAUAUACGUAUUAUCAGCUUUUGUUCUCAUCUCAUUGAGCAUAGCGUUAGGUGUUCUUCUCGUGUGGCACAUUUACCUCAGCUUACAGAACAAAACAACCAUCGAGUACCACGAAGGGGUAAGAGCUAUGUGGUUAGCAGAGAAAGGUGGGCAAGUCUAUAAGCAUCCAUAUGACAUAGGCCCAUAUGAAAACCUGACCUUGAUUUUGGGUCCGAACGUACUUUCUUGGCUCUGCCCUACAUCAAGGCACAUCGGUUCCGGUCUGCGUUUCCGUACAGCUUUUGACUCCGUCCCCGUUUCAUCUGAAUCAAAACCUUAGCCGUGAUCCAAAUCAUAUAUUCCCAAAUUUUUGGUGAGUAAGGCAGCAGAUUUACAACUUCACAGUACUCUGGCUCGUCCCUCCGCAGGCGUUUUAGUUGCCUCAGCUCAAAACCAAGAGGCUGCUUGAUCAAGAACAUCUGUUUGUGAAAUUAUGAUGCCAGUUAGGUCAGUUAUUUCCACUGUUUAUUUUUUUUAAUUUGGAUUCCUCAAAGGAGAAGUGAGUUAGGUUUGUGGAUACAGAACUCAGAAUUAUACAUAACAAUUAACAGGUGAAAAGAUACAUCUUUGUAAGAUUAUUAAAGGCUUUUUAUAAUCUCUUAUCAGAAUCAGAACAGUUCUCA